CCACUCUUCAAAGAUCUGACGUGGUAAAUCAAGUGAAAAGUUUGGGGUCCACUUUUUUAGAUUCCGACGUGGCAAAAUCACAGUGAAAGCCGGAAGUUUAUGAAGGCAUUUUCACUGGAGAAGAUCCCAGACAGAGGAGGCAGAACAUUUUACCUUCUUCAAUACCAAAACUUUCUAGGGUUUCGCUGCGACUGACUCAACCAUGUACAGAACCGCAGCUUCACGACUCAGGGCUCUCAAGGGCCGUGGAGGAAAUUGGAGAGCAGCCAGAUUUGCAAGUUCAAGUGCAGUUACUGUGAGAUCAUCUUCUUCUCCGAGUUUGUUCAGCUGGCUAACAGGGGAAAAGUCUUCUUCUCUUUCUCCUUUGAAUCUUCCACUUGCAGGUGUUUCCCUCCCACCUCCACUACCUGAUUAUGUUGAACCAAGCAAGACCAAGAUAACAACUCUCUCUAAUGGCGUCAAAAUAGCAUCAGAGACAUCACCUAAUCCUGCAGCCUCUAUAGGGUUUUAUGUUGAUUGUGGGUCAAUCUAUGAGACACCACUGUCAUUUGGGGCCACCCACUUGCUGGAACGGAUGGCGUUUAAGAGCACUACCAACCGAAGUCAUUUGCGUGUUGUGAGGGAAGUGGAGGCAAUUGGAGGUAAUGUGACAGCCUCGGCCUCUCGGGAACAGAUGGGGUACACUUUUGAUGCUCUAAAGACUUAUGUCCCUGAAAUGGUCGAAUUGCUUGUUGACUGUGUGAGGAACCCUGUGUUCUUGGAUUGGGAAGUCAAUGAACAGCUUCAAAAGGUGAAAGCAGAGCUUGGAGAACUUUCCAACAAUCCUCAAGGAUUACUUUUGGAGGCAAUUCACUCUGCUGGUUAUUCUGGUGCCCUGGCAAAUCCUCUAUUGGCUCCUGAAUCUGCUAUAAACAGAUUGAAUAGCACCAUUUUGGAGGAAUUUGUUGCGGAGAAUUACACUGCUCCUAGGAUGGUCCUUGCGGCUUCUGGAGUUGAACAUGAAGAGUUUUUGUCCAUUGCAGAGCCACUUGUUUCUUAUCUUCCCAGUGUGCCCCGUCCAGAAGAGCCAAAAUCUGUUUAUGUUGGAGGGGAUUAUCGUUGUCAGGCUGAUUCAGGGAUCACCCAUCUCGCUCUUGCAUUUGAAGUGCCUGGUGGUUGGCAUAAUGAGAAAGAAGCUAUCACUUUGACUGUUCUUCAGAUGCUUAUGGGAGGAGGUGGCUCAUUCUCUGCGGGGGGCCCUGGAAAAGGAAUGCACUCACGACUAUAUCUUCGUGUCUUGAAUGAGUAUCAACAGCUUCAAUCUUUCUCUGCAUUCAACAAUAUCUUCAACAAUACUGGAAUUUUUGGCAUUUAUGCUAGCACUGGCUCCGAUUUUGUGGCAAAAGCAGUUGAUAUUGCUGCAGGAGAACUACUUUCAAUUGCUUCACCUGGACAAGUUGACCAGGUACAGCUUACUCGUGCCAAAGAGGCAACUAAAUCUGCCGUUCUGAUGAAUCUGGAAUCAAGAAUGAUUGCAUCGGAAGAUAUAGGGAGACAGAUAUUGACAUAUGGAGAGAGGAAGCCUUUGGAGCAUUUCUUGAAGGCAGUAGAUGAAAUCACUUUGAAGGAUAUCACCACCAUUGCCCAGAGGAUCAUUUCUUCACCUCUUACAAUGGCAUCAUAUGGCGACGGUAAUCUCCCUCUUUCCACCAAUGAACCCUUCUAUGAUUUCACCGGAAUUGAAUCUUGAGAAAUCUCUCCCCUCUUUUGUUGCAGUUAUCCAUGUUCCCAGCUAUGAAUCAGUCAACCGCAAGUUCCACGCAAAGUGAGAAACGUCGAAGUUCGUCCGGUCUUAAUCAUCGGAGAUAUGCCUGCAUAGAGCCCUCUCCACAUUAACGAUCUCAUUCAAUGGUUUUUUUCUGGGAAUUUUCGUUCUCAUGUGCAGGAGGUCACUCCAGGAAUUAUGGAUAAAGAAUUCAUUUCCGUGAUUCAGUCAUGGGAAAAUUUUGCUGACAAUUUUUUUUUUUCCAAUGAAAGUCAGAAAUAAAACAUACGAACUGGGAUUGUGUCCUCCAUCUGGUUAAAUUAUUUAUACAUAAUUUAAUGUUA